GAUCGGACAACGAUGCUACCAGACUGCGGCCCGGACAGACUCCAGAGCGACACUGCCAAACUACUGGAUGUGCACACGGCGAAGCGCCGGGAAGGAGUGCACGCGGCACAGAAGGCGGUGGCGCAAUUCUUUUUGACGCUGCCGCAGUGGAUGCACGGCUUUGGCAAGCCGGAGACGUUGCAGACCAUUGGCCGCCGGUUUCAUGGCUUUGUGCAGUCUGUGUUGAAGGACAAAGUGAAUUCAACAGCCGCGAUGGCAGUUCGCCAGUACCUCGGGAAUUGCGUGUUCUACCCGUUCGUGGUGCUCCUGGAGGCGACGGCGAAAGCAACCGCCCUGCCAGCCGUCUUCUUGCAGGACUGCGCUGGGGCUGUCAUGAUGAGCGCCGUCAACAAGGAGUGCGAAGUCCACAUGGGGCGGUACAAUAUGCAGAAACCGCUGGCCGUGGACAUGCCCAUGGAGUGCAUGAUCGAGGCGAUGGGCGACGUCGGCGGGCAAUGCACUGUGGGGGCCCAAGCAGAUCGGUAUCAGUACCAGCAAGGAGGAACGAAUGCGUCCGCAGUGGACCGCUUCCGCUUCUGCGACGGAUAUCUUGCCAUCGUUUGCUCAAAGACGUCUCGCAUCCUCGCGCCGGGCCAGGCAAAGGGCCCCCCCGUCGACGAGGGCAAGUACAUCGACAUUACGAAGUUCCUGGACGCGGCACACGGCGCUGAGUUCAGCCACCAGAACAUGCGGCAACGGGAAGUUUUUGCGAAGCAGGCGGCGAAGAAGCACAAGCACCCGCAUGAUGCAGCCACGCCCCCUGCGGGCGUUCACAUGAAGAAGACGAACAUGCACGUGAUACUCAUGCAGCAGGAGGUCAUUUUCAUGGAUUGGUGGUGUCCAGUGGGAGCUCCGCAGCGGUGCAUGCUUUCCUUCGCGGCCGUUGCGGGGCGCGCUCAGAUGAUGCACAAGAACUUUCAUCUCGACUUGACGGUGCCUUUUCUGACUCAGCUGUACUCUCUGCUCUUGCGCAGCGUGGGCCCGAAAGUGGUGGGGAAGCUGGACCACUUCAAAAUUCAAUGCUCUGACGCGCAGGACAAGGUCGUGGAGGACGUCGACGAGAUCCUGCAAAUGUUCAAAAACGAGAUGCCCAUCAGCAGGAAGUGCAUGAAGGAAGGGCUACCGAAAGGCAUGUAUUGGCUUGGCACGAUGCUCAUGUCCAACCACUUGUUGGAACAAUUGUGCCCGGCUGUCUUCGGGAACUUCGCCAUGGAUCCAGAGUGCGCGGAGAGGUUGAAUGGGAAGGUCCCAAAGGUGUCCACGUCAAUCUCGGACGGGGCCUUCGUCGCCUCGGUGAAUGCCGUGUGCCACAAAUAUUUGUACGGCCUAGCCGUUCUCGCAGUGUCCGUCGAAGAGAAAGUCUGGCUCGGGCGCCGCGCGGAGCCGGAAGGGAUGUCGGAGCAGACGCGCCUUCUGGUGCGCGCGCUGCGCGCCACGCCGAACUCCUCCAUCACGCUGGCGCUGAGGGUAGCUCAGCGCGUGCUCACAGGUUUGCAGGAGAUGGGGUUCGGUGUCUUGGGCACAAUGGAAGAUGGGAGUUGGUUCCUCAGGAAGUAUGACCUUUCGAGUCUCGGUGCUAGUCAUACGUUUCUGAGGGACCAUCGGAUACCAGCCUGGCUCUUUGGGGAGCCGACGAACGGCCACCCCGCAGACUGUCGCGAAGCGCCCCGCAAGGACGGCGCGGUCGAGACGGCGGCGGCUGCGAGAGAGCAGAAGGACAGCAAGCCUGCCGCGAAUAUUGGGGAGACGGGGGCGGGGAAGUGCGCCGCGGCAGCGCCAGAGGCGCCGCGCCGAAGCAGCGUGGCCAAACUGAUUUCAAGAGAGGCGGGUGCUCCUGCGGUGCCGCCGCCGCCUGCGUCGAUAGAGCCGCCCGUUCUGAUGAUGGUAGAAGGGCACCCUCGCGUCCUACUGCCGCGUGACCGCCCCGCCACGACGAAGGAGGCCCGGGACCGCGUGUGCGGAGCGAUGCAGGUGCUAGGAGCGACUGCCGAAGUGAAGGAUGUGAAGCCCAUUGAUACGUCGAGGUGCGUCAGGGCGAAGGCCACUUGCAGAGGUACUCGGGACGUCGCUUGCCCAGUUAUUUGGAAUGUCGAACGCUUCGCGCACGCCGCCAACCCAUGUGAGCGCAUCUUAGAUGAGUUGCGCCUGACCGCUCGGGGCCCGGUAGGGGCGGCGGACUACACGUACUAUAAGUUUCCGGAAGCGGGCCUAGACGCCCACGCCGAGCUGCUCGUGCAAGUCCGUGAACACAGCCACAGUGCGGAUGCAGACGCGAACUCUGGCAAUAUAUGGAGCCCAGACGUCGAGGUGGCAGCGCAGAGAUGGAUGCGGGAGGUAGCGAAACCCUCGCGCCAGGGUCUGCAAACGUAUUUGGUCAGUCAGAAGUUCCAAAACCUUCCGCACAUCGACAGGAUUGGCGGCUGGCUGAAAAGAUUUCAGCUGAAACUAAAGGCAGAGAAAACGAAGGGUGGAGAGGACGUGGAUAAAGCAGCAGGCGCUGGCAUGUUGAAUUUCGCAGAGGCGAAGACUUUGGAAGAGUGGAGAAACCCAAAAAAGAUCGCACCGACCACUUUGCAGAUUCGAAUCCCACCAGUUCCAACCAUGGCGGGGCGACUGUGCAUCUGUUUUAGUUGCGACAAGAUGGUGGAGGUGCUGACGCGGUAUGGCGACUUCGCGCUGCACCUGGGCGUGGACGUGAAGCAGGGGGCUAUGUCGGGGCAGGCGGGCGCGGCCACGAUCAGCUUGCAGGCAAAAGACAAGCUCCGCGGCACCACGUUCACAAAGGGAGACGGUGCGGUCCAAGGGCGAGUGCAGGGCAGGGCGUGCACGACGCACGGAGUGCCGCUCCUGCAGGCUAUCUUUAACACAGAAGAGGCUCAGAAUUCAAUCGAUUUCUUUCGUUGCCUGGGGAUCGUGCGCGACAGCGCCAUCCGCGACCGAUCCUUGCGAGAUCGCGUCGUCGCAGUGCACAGUGAUGUCGCGCCUGGCAUUGAGGCAGCCAGGAAAGUUGUGUUCCCGAAGUCUCAACCUGCGAAAGACCAAUUCCAUUUCGCCCAACACACAGGCUUAAAGACUACAGCAAGCGGAACUCUCGCGAAGAAGAUGAAGCAUCGCAGGCCUGCUGGCCAGACGGGCAGCUACGAGCUCACCAACCUCGGCUGGACUGUGGCAACCCUCAACGCAUUGCGGCGGAUCCCAACGCUGGACUGUGCUUCCACGCUGUAUGAGGGCUUCCUGGCGCGCUUAGAGCAUGAGUUCGACGAGCAGGAAGCCGCCGCCUACUUGGGCCCGAAAAGUCGCGGCCCGCAGAAGUAUACCAUUCGGGCGACAGCGCGGGGAAUGAGAGAGGAGUACGACCUGCGAUGCUACAACGAGGACGAGUCCACGACAAUGUUGUUCUGCCCGAACUGGUCGGGCACGGGCGUGCUGACGGCUGGCUACGAGGGGAGCCAGACGAUGCUGAAGGAGGUCGCAGUACUGGCCGCAAAGUACUCGCCCCUCAGGAUCCUACAGCAAAUGCAAUACCUGUACGACACUUCUUUCGGGAAGUGGUAUUUGUGGGACGAGGGCCCCGACGACAAAAUGCAGCUGCGCCCGCCCGCGUCGGACCCCGCUUAUUUGAAUGGGGCAUCUCUGAUCGCUGCCGGCAGAUCUCAUGCUCAAGCAUUGUGGGAAGCGUCUCAGACGGAGACAGUGCACGCCGUGGUUCUGGAGGGAGCAGGAAAAGCGCCCAAGCACUUCGACAUCAACGUGAUGCAAGUUGUCGCUGUGGUCAUGAACGUGAAGACGAAGCUCGUGGUGGAAGAUACCGAGCAUGGGGCAGGUGCAUUGUUCUCCUCUGGUCUUGAGUUACAGCAUCGCCUCGAGGCGGCUGGCGUCCUAACACAAUGCAGUCGGCCAUCGAACAGGAGGCGCAAGUAUCUCGGCACGCAGGUGGGCCGCGUGAACGCCGUGUUCAACGACAUUGCUUACGUCAUACUUUCUUCUGAUACCCGCAUUUUCCGCGCCUGCGCGCGCAGCGCUGCGUGCACGUGCAAAUGGUUACGUCGCCACGCCGGGUGCGAGCACGUGGAGUAUGCAUCGAUGCUCGCGCUGCGCUUGCAGAAGCAGCCAAAGUACCCGAACCCUCAGGAGCUGCCCCG